AUGGAAUUACAAUUAAAUAAUAAUAAUAAUAAUAAUAAUAUUUUAAGUGAACACACAUUAAAAAAUGAAAUUGAUAAUUUAUCAAAACAUUUAGAAAAUUUAAAAGAUUCAAAUGAAUCGAUGGAAACCAAAAACAAAGAAACUUUAAAAUCUUUAAAAGAUACAACUUCAUUGAGAAUAAGAAUUCUUCAGUCACAAGAAAGACUAUUAAAAGACCAGAUUCAACAACUAUUAGACAACCCAAUAAAUACAUCUAAAGAAUUAAAAUUUAACGAAAUUGAAUAUCAAACAGAAUUGGAGCUAGUUAAUUUAAUAGAUCAGUUGGGAUACUAUGAAAGUAGUUUGAAAGAACAAUCCGAAAAAAUAGAUAAAGAGUUGGCUAAUGAAAAGAGGUUAUUGGAAGAAACGAAAAUUAUUGGAAAAAAUUUAAUAGAAAACGAUAAAGCCCUACAACGAUCAAAAGAAAUCAUUUCAAAACAACUUAUCUAUUUAGUUAAAAAGGAGGAUUUUCAAACACAAGUAUUAUUAAACUUUAUAAAAAACUAUUCUUCAGAUUUAUUUUUAAAUAAAGACACCCAACAAAAUAAUGAUGAUUUGAAAAGAAAAAAUAUAACAACAGCAACAGCAACAGCAACAACUACAACUACAACAAGAACAAGAACAACUUCACCAACCAAUACCACCACUAAUAAUAAAUUAAAAAUGGAAGAAAAUUUAGUUUAUAUACUCCAACAACUUAUGAAUGUUUUUAUUGACAACAACCAAAGAUACACCUCAAUAAAAGAUCCAAUACUAACACCACAAGGUUCAAAUAGCUCAAUUCAUUCCAUAUCUGAAGAAAUAGAAUUACUAUAUAGAGCAGGUAUAAUUGAAAAAGAUCCUACUGAACCAAAUUUAAUUAGAAUAGUACCGAUAUUAUAA